AGGGGGGGGGGGCACAAUAUCAAUUUUGCAGGGUGUCAUUUAUAAAUAACUGUUUCAACCAAAACUCGAUUUUUUUUUCUUUUGCAUUUUAUUCUUGUUUUAAAAAAUCUUAAGGCAUUCAUUUCUUGCGAGUCAUUGAAGACAAAUGUCAUAAGACUUUUUUCCUCGUUAUUGAUAAAAUUUAGAAUUUUUAUAAUGAUUCGCGGUCUUCUAUCGAUAUAUACAAAUCCACAACUUUAUUGGAUCGUUUUCGUUUAUAUUGUGACAAAAUUUGUGGAACUUUUGACUGGAAGUUAUAAUUUUUGGAGUCAAUUUUGGCUAGAUUUCGUUGAUUAUUUUGGUAAUGAUGAGUUCUUUGAAGUUUAUGUCUCAUUCGCGUACACAACCUUACUAUAUUGGAUAGUUGGACUAUUAUUCAUUGCUAUCAAUAUAACAAAUAAACCUAAGUUCUUAGAUAAAUACAAGGUACAACCAAAUGCAAGUUUACGUUCUGAUUCAAAGAAGCUAUUGCCAGUUAUUGGAGUUGUACUUUUCAAUCAGUUUGUUCUUAAUUUUUUAAUGUUUAAAAUUAUUGCAUUUUAUCAAAUGAUGCCAAAUGGAAUUCAUCUAAGGCAAACUCAAUCGUUUCCAGAAUUGCUAGUUACAAUAGUCAUGUAUGAAUUUAUUUAUGAAUUUCUAUUCUAUUAUGCACAUCGAUUGAUGCAUCAUAAAUAUUUCUACAACUGGAUUCAUAAACUACAUCAUAAGUGGACUGCAUCAAUAUCAAUAGUUGCUAUCUAUGCACAUCCAAUUGAACAUAUAGUCUGUAACACAUUACCAAUCGUCUUAUCCUUAUUCAUAUUAAGAACAUCUUAUGCAACAUCAGGCGUUAUCAUAACAAUGACAACGAUAUGGACAUUAGGAGAUCAUUCAGGAUAUCAUAUUCCAUUUCUUCACAGUUCACGAUUCCAUGAUUGGCAUCAUUCAAAAUUUAAUGAAUGUUUUGGAACAAAUGGAUUUUUAGACAAGUUUCAUGGAACUAGUAAAAAGUUUGAGGAAUCAGGUGAAAUUUUAAGACAUCGCACUCUGUUUACUUUAAAAUCUGCUAGUGAACUGUAUCCUAAUGAAAAUGAUAAUAAAAUGAAUUGAUUUUUUUUUUUAAAUAAGUUUCCAAACUGAACAAAUUUAAACGUUAUUUUAAGGGGCCAUUCACUUAUUACGUAACGCUUUUAGGGGGAGGGGGGGGGGGGUCUAAGAUUUUGUUACGGUUCAAACAAGGAAAUUUUUUUUUCAUACAAAUUUUGUUACGAGGGGAGGGGGGUCUAAGAAGUCAUUUUUUCGCGUUACGUAAUAAGUGAACAGCCCCUAAGGCCUUUUUAAAUAAACUAGGUAAGUAUGCAGAUCGAGAAUAGAUUUUGUUGAUCUAUCUUUUCUUCAGUAUGGUGUUAUAGACACAUGACAUUUUGGAAAAGUCAAGAAUCUAUUCUUAUAAAAACACAAUAAUUCAAGCUAGACAUAAUAAGACGUGUGAAAAACAAAAAUAAAAGCCGGCAAUGUGAAAAUGACAAGCCAUUCACAGAGGUACAUCAAUUACAAUAUAAUUAAUCUGAUUUAUCCGGAAACAUCUCCUUCGCAGAUUUAAGAGAGUAGAGGAUUCUGUGUCUAUAGGAAUAUAUUGAUUUACGGAAUAAUUUAUCAGUGUUGUGGAUUCUAUCAAGAAGUCCAAGCUUGCCAUAGCAUUCCAUGAAUCUAG